CUUCACUCACACCUAUUAUAGAAGCUAGAACAUCUUCUCCUGAUGUAAAACCAAUAAAAAAAGUUGAAACUACACAAGUAAAGCCAUUUAAAAAGAGAAAUAGACAAUCUAUUCGUUUGUCAAAGUUGAAUGAACCAGAAGUUAAAUAUGUUGAUCAUGAAAAGCAUAAAGUUCUUUUUGAAGCUGCAGCAAAUAGUAAUACCUCAGAUGCUGACAUGGAUGAAUGUGACAUGGUAUCUUCCAUGGAACAUCAGGUUAUUGUUCAUAACAAUCAUCAAAGUAAUGACAAAGAUAACUAUUUCAACGAACAAAAAAGCUUGAGAAAUGAAACUGCACAAAUACUCCAGGACAAACUGAGUCGAUAUUUGGAAGAAUCUAAUGAAGUGUUGGAAGAAUGUGAAGGGAGUUCUUCUGUAAGCAACAUUGUUAAAACCUCCACAAAGUCACAUGAAAGUCAAAUUGAAUCACCAUACAAACAAAGGAAAACAUCUCCACAUGGUUGUCAAUUGAAGAAUAUAAACCCCAACAAAUUAUCAAGGAUUGUCCAUGAAACUGGGAUUCCUACAGGCCCAUAUGUAUUAUUAAAAGAUCUGCAAAAAGACAACCAUAGCGAUACUAGUGAAACACAUCAAGGAGAAAAUCCCCAUCAACCUGCUCCCCCCACCUCACCCAUGCUUGUACGAGUUGACCCCCCAAUACCUCGCCCACGAACGAUGGAUUUACACGAGAAGGUUAUUCUACCUGAUCAAUAUCUUAUUGUGGAAAGAUCCCCGAUACAUGAAGAGAAUGUUGUUCAGUUCAACCGACCACAGUUUAUUAAACGACAUCAUUUCCAAUAUGCGUCAUCAUCAGAAACACAGGUAGAAGCUUGUAAAUGA